GGAUGAUGGAUGGAUGGAUGAUGGAUGAUAGAUAGAUAUCUAUAGGGAUAGAUGGGUGGAUGGAUGGCUACAUAGCUAGCUAUAGGGAUGGAUGGAUAGAUGGAUAGAUAGAUAGCUAUAGGGAGGGACAGAUGGAUGGAUGGCUAUAUAGCUAGCUAUAGGGAUGGAUGGAUGGAUAGAUAGAUAGCUAUAGGGAGGGACAGAUGGAUGGAUGGCUAAAUGAUAGAUAGAUAGAUAGAAACAGUGUUGGGCAUUAUCAUAAGUGACUGUAACAAGACUGACUCAAUUCUAAACCUGUUUACCCUGAACACAGAUUUUAACAUAUGCAUUUAAAUAUAGUUUUUUCUUUCAUUUGCCGUCAGCAUCGCAUCAGUGAAUUGUAAUUUUAGAAGCCUUUUGAUUUCAUUGUUGUAACUGUGGUUGAUGCAGCUCCAAUAGCCGCAGGACAAUACUUGUCAAACAUCCCUGUGGGAAGGCAAGCGAUCUGGCGGCGCAGCAGCCAUCUGACGUCUAUAGAUAACUGUGUUUCUAUCACAUGUGCCGCAUGUUACCAUAUAAGACGGCAAUUUGACUCACCCUGCGCACUGACCUACUAUGUGGGAAGUCAUGAUUCAUGCAAGCUGCAUUUAAGCAGCCAGAGCCCAAAAUACUCCAGCAUGCCAACACACACACACACACGCACACACACACACACACACACACACACACACACAUAUCUGAGUUGCUCAGUCAUACCCACCACCCACAGGCAGUGAUUGGAUUGUUGGUAACACACAGCGAGAAAGUAGACAGUCGUCAGAGACUGGAAUAACAAGAUGACUGGAUCUGAGCUGAUGCCCUUCUGAGGGCGUGAGCGGAAUGUCCGUGGAUGAGAAGCCUGAAGCCCCGAUGUACGUGUAUGAGUCGACGGUUCAUUGUACCAAUAUCCUUCUCUGCCUCAACGACCAGCGGAAGCAGGAUAUCCUGUGCGAUGUGACCGUCCUGGUGGAGGGCAAGGAGUUCCGCGGGCACCGGUCCGUGCUGGCCGCCUGCAGCGAGUAUUUCCUCCAGGUGUUGGUCGGCCAAGCCGAGAAUGGCCUGGUGGUCAGCCUUCCCGAAGAGGUCACUGCCAGGGGAUUCGCGCCAUUGUUGCAGUUUGCCUACACCGCUAAGCUGUUACUCAGCAGAGAAAACAUCCAGGAAGUCAUCCGCUGUGCCGAAUUUCUGCGCAUGCACAACCUUGAGGACUCGUGCUUUCGCUUCCUGGAAGCCCAGCUGCGCAGUGAAGAGGACGGGCUGCUGCAGUGCCACAAGGUGGCGGCGGAGGCGAACCACUCGGACGACGAGAGCAUGCAGUCUGAGGUUGAGAUGCCCACUUCCCCCAGGACGCGACUGUGCGCCGACGCCCUCACCUCAUUUCUUCGGCCUGAUGAAGAUCGGCUUGCGAUGGCGAUACCGAGUAACUUUGCGGAUGGUCGGCUGGACUUCGAUCGACACCGAUCCUCAGACUUGCCCCGGUGCCCCAAGUACAGGAAAUACCAGUUGGCUUGCAACAAGCACAAUGACGCAUCUUCACACACCAGUACCUCAGGUUUUCCAAGCACAUUAAAGGAGAGCAGUGUUAGCGGGGCUGUGCCGUGUUUGGCGCAGAUCAAGGUCGAACCCCAGGCAGAAGAAGAGGCCAUCUCUUUGUGUCUUUCGGGGGACGACCAAGACAUCAAAGAUAAAGAUUGUGUGAUCGCAAUGGAGAUGGACAGUCCUGCCUCUGUGGAGAGAAACAAGAAAACCAAGUCCCCGUCCUGCCUCCGAGCCUUCUUCAAGAAAGAGGCAGACCACUCCACCUUGCCCAACACGUCACAGCAGCUUUUCGUCAACAGACUCUUCUGCCCCCAGGAGAAAGGGAACGCUCAGGGAGAUCAUAAAAAAGACUUAAGGCCUUUCACUGGAGAGCUGGGUCUGACCCAAAAGGAUAUGGACGGUUUCCCUGCAGGGUUGUCCCUCAAGUCUGCCUCCUGUGACGGGCUCUGCAAACAGGAUGUUGAGCUAGACCGCCGUAGUGUCAUCUUUUCCUCAGGGGCUUGCAACCGCCUGGGGACCCCAGCGCAUUCCUACCCUGGUGGCAACUCUUUGGAGAUGGAGCUCUCUGAGCACAUGCCAAAGGGCACCUGGGCCGGAGCUAGUCAGUCCCUCCCUACAUCCCAGACCUUUUCUCCCAGCACACCCUCAGCAGAGCCCCAAAUCCUGUGCCGGCCCCGGCCCAACACCAGCUGCCCAGUGCCAAUCAAAGUGUGCCCGCGCUCGUCCCCAUGUGAGACGCGCACUAGGACUUCAAGCUCCUGCUCCUCGUACUCCUAUGCCGAGGACGGCAGCGGAGGCUCUCCUUGCAGCCUGCCUCAGUUUGAGUUCUCCUCCUCGCCGUGCUCAAAUGUGGCACGCUGCCUCAAUGUGGACCAGCACGAGCAGAGCGUGGGAGGGGAUUCGCUUUUUAACCAGGUGCGACCCAAGAUCAAGUGCGAGCAGUCGUACGGCACCAACUCCAGCGACGAGUCGGGCUCCUUCUCCGAGGGAGACAGCGAGUCGUGCAACGUACAGGAACGAGGCCCAGAGGUGAAGUUGCCAUUUCCUGUAGAUCAAAUCACAAAUCUUCCACGCAAUGAUUUCCAAAUGUUGGUGAAAAUGCACAAACUGACGUCCGAGCAGCUGGAGUUCAUCCACGACAUCCGGCGGCGGAGCAAGAACCGCAUCGCGGCGCAGCGCUGUCGCAAGAGGAAGCUGGACUGCAUCCUCAACCUGGAGUGCGAGAUCCGAAAACUGGUGUGUGAGAAGGAGAAGCUGCUGACGGAGAGGAACCAGCUGAAGGCCUGCAUGGGCGAGUUGUGGGAGAACUUCUCGUGUCUGUCUCAGGAGGUGUGCCGGGACGUCCAGCUCAGCCCCGAGCAGGUCCAGUCGUUACACCACUACUGCCCGGUGCUGCGGCCGGCCGCCGACCCCAAGCCCGCCCCCGCCAGACCCGCCGCCACCAGCAUCGACCUCACCACGCGCUCCGCCUCCGCCACGCCAGAGCCCAGCUUCCACGGCUCACCAGGGCCCUCGGAGAGCGAGCACGACUCGGCAAUCAGAAACGGCGCCGACAGAGAAAUGGACGGCAAAGACCCCGGCGCCUACCACGAGACCAUUCUGGAGAAGAGCCAGGCGGUGACGGUGGACUUCUGCCAGGAAAUGACUGACAAGUGUACGACGGACGAACAGCCACGAAAGGACUGUGCUCAGUAGAUGUUUUAAUUUAAGUUCCUUUGACAAACCCUCGCUCAGGGUUGUUGCGAUGGUCAGCCUCUGCCAGUGUUCACCGAAAACAAGCUUUGUGUUUUUUGUGACGUCUUUUGCGUUGACACUAAAGUUGUCUUAACAGCAGCAAUACUGAUCUCCAGGUAUUCUCCUCAUACCACGACAGAGUGGGAACUUCUCACCGACCCACGGUGCUAAACUCGCCCAGGCAGCGACCACUCCGGCGGGCUCUCUCUCUCUCUCUCUCUCGCUCUCUCUCCUCCGCCAAUGAAAACCUCGGACCUACACGGCACCCGUCUCUGUCUCUCUGUCUGUCGAUCUGCUCUACCUCUCUCCAUCUCUUUCUGGACAUCCUGGACUUCUCUGUAUCACAGUGGCCCUUCUCGUCACAUCAACUCAAACUCAGGAAAAAGACACAAAAUCCUCUGAAUGUUGAACAGAAUUCAUGUAAAAAAAAAAAAAAAAAAAAUACACAACGAUGCAGUCUAAUGUUCAUAUGCAAAAAAAAAUGUCUUCGAGCGUCCGGCGUUUGUAAUUUUGUACAGGCUGUAAACAUUCCUACUUUUGCCUUCAGCAGCACUGAAUAGAACGGAAACACGAGCAUGGCGACUCUCUAUCGCCCCCUCCCCCCUCCCCUCAUCAGCAAUACCACGGUAGGCUAAAUGUCGUAAAUGUGACUUGGCAGACGUGUAAAUAGUUCGGAGCAUGACGAGUGUGUUGUCGAGGUAGAGGUGUAGAUUUCACCGGGGUUACUGCACCUGUACGGCUGGCUGUUUUCUGUCCUGCCUAAACCAACGCUCCCCUGCGGCGCGGGAGCUCGAUACUCAGGAAACCAGCUUCACCAACCAUAAAUACACUCUUUGAACCCCAUGCAUGUAUAAAAAAAAAAAGCUCUUUUUUAUUAUUAAUUUUGUCGUUUUUGGCUAGCUCCUUUCGACUCCUCUUUAAAUGUGAAAAAGCCUUGUGUUUAUUUCUUCUCAGUAUUUAAGGAAUUGUGUACUACUCUCUUUGGGUUUCAGAUACUUUCAUUUAUUUAAAGAAUCAAUUCAGUUAAGGCACUUUUGGAUUCCAGCCCCAGGCUCUCUUUUUUAGCACUUCAACAAGGGUCUUCAUCUUGUUUGACACUGGAGCACUUAAAGUGGCACUUGAGUCGUGAUUGGACUAAAGACGUAUCUGAAACCUAAACAGGUCUCUUCACGGGAGGAAGGAGACGCUCGGCUCCUCCCCCUCCUCUUUCUUUAGGAAUUAAUCAAAUAAGCUAAUGGAGAGUGACGUUUAAGACGGUGUAUGUGUUGUCCAGAUGACUUAAAAAAAAAGUAAGAUGUUCGCCCUCUCGUGCAUUUGUUUGAGCAUCCUCUUCUGUGAUGUGCAUGCAUGCUGCCUCUCGCUAUGAGCCUAGUUAGUUUGUCGCGCUUCUGUUCGUAAGUUCUCUCCAGAGCGGUCUGCCUUUAAAAUAUUGUCCGGUGAUGUUUGAAAAGUGCGGGGAGAACAUCUCCUCCGGACCCCAGAGAAGAGGUUCCACCGAAGGUUUUCGAUUGAAGCUCCAAUCCAAACAUCAGGACUUAAGCCAAAUAUCUCCUGUAGUUUAAGAUCCAAGUCGGGUUGUAGUAAUAGCUAGCAAUGUGCUUCAUGAAACACUCAUUUUCCUGCUCUAAAAUCCGUUUCAAUCUGUUUCACUGAAACCUCACAUCAUUUUUAAAGCAAGAGCCACUCCUGCUGGGCUCUGAAGAAGAGUACACUGUUUCGAGAAGCCUCAUAAGCACAUCACUACUCAUGAGGCUUCAUGAAACAGUUUACUCAUUUCUCUGCUCUAAAGCUUUUUAACAACUAUUUUAAUGAAACCCCACGUCAUUUUUAAACCAUGAGCGCCCCCUACUGAGCUCUGAAAACGACUACACUGUUUCAUGAAGCCUCAUAAGCGCAUCACUAAGUCAUGCUAGAAGUGGAAGCCAUUGUUUACGCUUCAGGAAACAUUCCGAACUGAGAAAAUUGGACUGGAUAUGUUUGAGAUAAGUUGUAGUUUGAGUUCCGCAGUUCUUUAAACGUGUAAAAUUCAAAUCCGGGACAUACACUUCCUGAGUCCGCUAUUUUUCUGCACAAUCAGCGACUUCUGAUCCAUAUCAAACUCACAAAAAUGAGUUGACAGGUCACGAUUUUGGAUUGGAGCUUUAAGAGUUUUGAUAAAAUUUGCCCAGAUUUUUUAUUGUAAAUGACUAGACGUAGAUCAUGUUUCUGUUUCUCAGAAUAACUCUUGAUAUGUAUUGUAGGUAUUGAAAGGGUUGGGUCGCCUUAUCGGAGACUCAAAUGCCUGACACGCCCCAAACACGCACACAAACACAAAAUGAUCCUAGCACAAGUCUCAACUGUUGGAAGCGUUUUCCUCAUUGUGUUUCUAUACUUGCUGAUUCAGAGCUAAAUUCCCUAUUAGGUCAAGCCAAACUUGUCACGCAGCUUCCUGUUUACAGAACACACAUGGUGGACCACUAAGACAACGUCUUCAGGCCCAAACUGUUCACGUCAAAUUGUUCCACCUUCAGUGAAAGUCACACACUUCACAGAGCAACAGCCGCGUCCUUUCCAUCAAGUGUGGGGAAUCAAACCUGGAACUUCCCCUCACAUCAUGAAGGCAAACAUUUGUCUCAUCCAAUAGAAGUCCACUUUAAGUAGUGCAAAAUACAUUGGCAGGAUUGGAGUUCCACACUUCCCUGGAGUCUGUCGUUCACACUACAAGCUGUGUCAUGUAUUUCAUUUGCUCAAAGGUUCAGUUGGUGUUUUCCGAGGCUUCAUGAAACCUAAUAUUUCAGGUGGUGCUCUCUGUCUGCUCUGACAUCUUUGGAUUUUAACAUCCAUUACAAUGGAACCUCACGUCAUUCCAACUGAGCCCUGGCACGGUUUCAUGAAGCCUCAUCAGACCAUCUCUUAAUAGCAAACCAUUUUAAACUGAGGGCGCCAUCUAGUGAGGACAUUGUUUCAUGAAGCCUUCAGUAUUUUUUGGACCCUUAUGACCACCAUUUUGAAAUUAGAAAUGUCGUCUUUGUGUGGUGACGUACUCGGGGCCUCAUGAGUGAUGGGCUGACGAGGCUUCAUGAAACAGUUCACUCAUUUUCAGCUCCCACUAGAUGGCGGUAUCUACUCUAAAAUAUUUGGAUUUGAACAUCCAUUUCAAUGGAACAUUAAAUCAAUUUCAAACCAAGAGCGCCCCCUACUUCUGAAAAUGAGGACACUGUUUCAUGAAGCCUCAUCCGCCGCCAUUCGUGGCGAUUAUUCAUGGCGUUUGACUUCAGCCUUCACUGAAAUUGGCCUGUUGGAACCCCUGGCAAAUACACUUCCAUCUUAAGAAGUUGAAGUUUCCAUCCAGAUGUUAGAUAAUCAAAACUCACAUCGUUUCUGUGUCUUUCUCGCUUGGAUCGUUUUCGUUGCUGCUUCUCCGAAACAAACACUGGCUUUUCAAUUCCAAAGCUUGUUCUGAAACUCUGAACAAACACACGCCUUUCUCAAAGACUUCAAUUCAACACAAAAAAAAAGAAAAAGAAAGAAAAACGGUGGUGCAUCCUGGUCCGACAGCUGCGAUCGAGAAGUCACAUAUUUAAAAUCCAAUGUUUACAAGCAGAAGAUCCAGGUGUGGCCACGGCUCCGCUCACAUUGGUGUCGUGUAACAGACAGAUAUUUGGGAUGGCUCUGUGUUACAAGGAUUCAAGUGCACCUCCGAUAUUUGCCUUAGAACUUGCAGAGGCCAUAGUUCACAUUCAAGUGAAGUGUAUGUAUGCAGGGGCCACGGUCCCCCAUCCCACCAGUGCGGACUUUGUCACACGUAUCUACCUGUGAAAUCCUUCAUACCUCUCAUAACUGGUCAAUGACUGUAUCAGCAAAACUGCAUCAGGUGUUUUUUCUACAUGCUUUUUACACAGAUGAUAUGGAUUAUUGUAUUGGUAGGUUUCUUUGGUGCAUCAUUUUAAUGUAAUAGCUCUUAAGCCUGUAGUUCCAGUUUUAUUUUUUUUUUUCUUUGGGUUUUUUUUUUCCUAGGAGACUGUUUUGUGUUAAUAUUGUCAUUUUUGAAAUAGCUGUUAUUUGCUUCUUCUGUACUACAACUUCUUACCUUCAUCAUUUUCAAAUGCUUCACGACCCUAAUGAAUUCAAUGACUUAAUAACCUUUGUAAAUACUGUAUUGUGCAAAACCCCAUUUUCAUUCAUUUCAGUUGCUAGUGUUAUAUAAAUGACUUUUUGUCUAGACACCAUUUCUCUUUAUGAAAUAAAGAAACAUGCAUAUCACCUUGUUGCGUCCUUCGUUUCACGCAGUGUUGAAAAAUUGCACUUUAUUUCGGAAGAUAUACACUAACAAAUGGAAUCUGCAGUUUUAAACCUUGAACAUAACACAGUAUCAACUUGUGUUUUUAUCCGAAUACAAUUCCCAUAAGCCACUAACUGAGAAUCAUUGAAUGAAUUAAUUUCAUAAGUGAGAGUUGGACAAUCAUUAUGGUGCAAUAUAUUACAUUACAUGAAUUUGGAGACCCCCCUUUUAUGCUCAAGGUUGGAGGUCAAACACAUUUUUCAUAAGCAGUGUCAUGAGCUUUUAGCAAAACUAUUUCAGCCAGACAACCGCUGU